AUGAAAGACUUAUUCUUCGCAGACAUCAACAGCACUCUCCUGCUGAGACACUACGACAACAAACUGCUACUGGUCAGCGGGAACAAAUUAAAAUUUUACACCUACGAGGAAAUAAAAAAGGUGGUUCGCGCACAAAAUAUUGCCAUAUACGGCGUCGAUUAUAUAAAUAAGAAUGAAAAAAUUGUGCAUAUUUCGAAUAACGUAAAGUUAAAGUGCCCCAUCAGAAUUAGUGAAGCCCGUUUUGUAGCAACGGACACACAACCCUUCAACAAUGAUAAUGGUAUAGCUACGGAAGAGAAAAGGGACCACACCGACCAGGUUAGCAACGCACCUGCAGAAAUUGCAACCUCUCAGAAUUCACAUGAGAGUGACCCACAAAAUGGUGAUUCGUAUAAUGGUGCCCCCUAUAGUGAUAACAUCCCCAAUGGGGACGCAACAACUACCGGAGAAUCGCAUAGCGAGAACAAUACGUUAAGCGAUAAUCACACGUCCAAGGGGAACACCUACAAGGGUGGAACAAACCACGUCUGCAUCGCCUUUGAACACGGAAAUGUGUGUAUCUUCUCAGAAGAUGAAACUAAGAAGGAGUUCAUUUACGAAAAAUUAAUAUAUAGAAAAGUAUGCGACAUUGUAAAAAUUGAAAUAUUCCAAAUUGAUAACAAUCUGAACUGCUUAAUUCUUUACAAAGACUAUACCUUAAUUUUGUACCAGGACAGGUACCUCAGUUCUGUUAAACUCCCCACUCAUGAGUAUGCGUAUAAUUUCUGCCUGAGCACAAACUAUCAAAAUAUGGCCGUCUUCAACCACACCAGUAUGUAUAUAUAUGACAUUUCGAAGAAGGAUCUUUGUAUGGACGACGAGGGGGAUGCGAAUGCAGAGGGGGGGACACACGAAUCCAAUGCAGUGACGGACACUGGAGGAAGUGGCAACAACGACAAUGGUGAUAGUGGUGGUAACGGCGCUGCCAACAACUGUGUCGAGGUGAAGAACAUCUUCGAACUUUCGAAGAAUUACAAAAAUAUUCUGAAUUGUGACUGGCAUCCAAAAAACCACUGCAUUUCCCUGUGUGGGAAAAAGGCCGUGCGGUACCUAACCAUAUACAACUACAAGGUGUACGAAUUUUCUGGAGCAGAAAUUCACGAAUCCUUUAUCAACGCGACUAAGUUUAUCACCAUUUCGGACAACGUAAUUUUACUGACUACGUUAAGUUGCGCUGAUUAUCUUUUCUGCGUGUGGGAAUUCGAACUUGAAUAUUGCCUCUACAAAUUUAAAAGCGAUUAUUUGAUUUCCCACUUUGAUCUGUCCUACUUCAAUGACCACCUACAUAUGUCCAUGCUGGCCCAGGAGAAGCACUUAGCCAAUGUAAAAUUACUUGGAAAAAAAAUCUUGCAAAAAAUUGAGUGGAACGAUUCAGAAAAGGAGGCAAGUAGCGCUGAAGAUGAGUACCAAAAUGAUGGGUCGAAUUUGGAGCACACCACUGCUGGGAAGCCAUUUCAUGAGAAGAAAAACAUAAGCAACCUUGCCGAUAUUUUGAAAGAUAACAAUAAUUUCCACAUCGAGAGGAAGAAAAAAUCCAGCGUGAAGAGCACGUCCAUCCAUCCAAAUGAACGAAAUAAAAUGAGCAGCGAUUUAUUUGCAGGCAGUAACGAUAAACAAAGGAAUAGCGAUUCAUAUUCAGGCGAUCUGAACCAUUAUUUGAAUAAUGUAAAAAAGAGGAAAAAGAAAAUAUUCACGGAUGACGAUGAAGAAAGUAAGGAUACAUUUAUUAGCAGGUCACAUAAGAAAGUUGCAAGGGAUCGACAUGGAGAUACGCAAAACAAGAGGGAAGACAAGCAGGAUGAAGACUACGAAGGUACGAAAGCAGACAUGAACAGCGACGACCAAUACAAUAGUGACGAAAAUGAGAAACACAUUUUGCAUAAGAAGAAGAUACACGCCAACCGAAACGAAGAGGACAAUGUGUACAAUCCGAAGCAAUACAAUUUGCAAGAUUUUAUAAACAAAAAUAGAGACGUCAUAAGGAUUAGCAGUAGAGGAGGGCGGAAUGACGACCCACUUUUUGAAGACAGCAAUUAUUUGUUCGAUAAUGAAGAUGACCAGAGAAGCGUAAUCGGAUUUAAUACCUAUGUGAAGGACAAAUUUGACCAACUGAGGGAUCUAAAAAAGCAAGUAGAUUCGCUGCAAAAGCAGAUGAGUGCUUAUGCAAAAAUUAAUCAUGACGAUUUUAUUGUGCUCUGUCCAGGGUUAUGUGAAGAACCCGAAAAUAUAAAUGACCAAUGGUGCAUGUUCUGGAAUGAUAUAGGACAUAUAACAAAGAAAAAGGAGGGAAACAAAACCUACAUUUAUGUAUACCUCUUCCGAGGGGAAGAUGUUGGGAAGAAAAAAAUCACAGAUAUUUACAACGUAACGGCUGCAUCGCUAAGUGCCUACGGAUUUGCUUUAGCAUCCAACCCGUAUGAAAAAUCUUUCUCAAAAAUUAAUAGCAUAUUAUGUUUUCACAAUUUGAGGGAUAAUGUCAUUUGGAAUAAGUACCUACCAAAUGAUGAAUUAAUAAAAGGAGUAGCCAACGGAAAUAACUUCGUCGCAAUUGUCACAUCUAGUAAUUUUCUUAGAAUCUAUUCUGCAUAUGGAUAUAUAAUCAGUACCUUCCUUUUGAAGGGUUUACCUGUAGCUAUCUGUGCAUAUGAUUAUCUCCUCUUCGUUAUUACCUGUCAGUAUAUUUUUGAAGGCGUUACCACAUAUAACAUAAACAACACAUAUAAUUGUACCCUCUACAAAAUAAAUGAAAAUUUUACCAACCUAAAAUCGAACAAGUAUAACACAUAUCACAUAACGAUACUUUAUGAUGACGUCUUGUCCCUCCCUUCAUGUCAUUAUUUGAAUUGGGUCAAUAUGUCAAACUUUGGCAUUCCGUACGUUAGGGACACGUCCAACUUUAUAUAUGGGUUAUACCCCCUUUUUAAGAACAGCACGAACCAUAUUGUAUACGAUUGGGUCCCAGUUUUCGACUUUAACAAUUUGAACAAAUUAGAACCAACAGAAAGGAGAUCUGCUGGACAAAGCGCAAAACCUAACCAUGGCAACAGGAAAGGUAGUAACGAACGUCUUGAUACGGAUGGACAAGAGGAUGAAGGUGAAAAAGGAUUAAAUGACGAGGACGUAAAUGAUGACAACCCCGAUGAUGAUCUCCUUGAACAUGGUGAGUGCACCUACUAUCCCCUCUAUUUUGACAAUUUCGAACAAAUCUCUGUUAUCAAAUUGAGGAAAAAUGAAGUCGAACCGAGGUCGAACAAGAUAGAAAGCUGUCUAGGUUACAACGUAGAGAAGAAGUACAUCCUUUCCAACGAAUGCAACCUGGUUAAGUAUGAAAGAUUUGUUAAGUUAAUACAAACCAACCCGAAUCUCUCCCUAGACAACGAUUCGAACAAUAGCGAAUUUACUUCCCUCCCUUGGGAGCAGUACGACGAAUUGCGCUCUCGAGUCGACCUAUUCUGCAAACAGCUAUUUGCCAACAUACACUAUGACUACAUGAAUGAUGGCAAAAAUAAAAGUGCCAAUGACACCCUAAAGUCUCUAAACAAAUUAUACGAUAAAUGGAUUAUGCGCAUGUUUGCUAUACUAAAAAAUGAUAAAAAAAAUCAAAAACUAGCUGUGAAAACGUCGAGAUUGUUUAAGAAUAUUAAAAAUAUGAUGCUUUCUAUAAGCCUUGUGGAUGACGAAUACAGCACCCUGCACAGUGAAAUUACAAACGAAUAUUUAAAAAGACAAAUAAAAGAUGAAAGCUACAAAAAUUUUGAAGAAAAUUUACAUUACGAUGAAGAUUAUAAAGAUGACGAACAGAAACGGAAAGAAAUAUACGAAAAGUGUUACAACAAUAGUCAACACAUGUCUGAGGAUGAAAAAAAAAACCUCCCGGACGUUAAGCAAAUCAACCAACAGUACGCCAACGCUGCUAAGACGCAGGUCGAAAGUAAAGAGAAAAAGGAAAGUGGAUUCCUCGAUAAAUUCUUUACCGGCGUGACGAAAAAUCAAAGUGUGGACAACCUAUUCUCGCAGGAGAAAAAAACCACCCAAAUUAAAAAAAAGAACACCCUGGAAAAUUUCUUCUCCGAGCUGAAGGAGAACUGA